AUGCCGCUCAUCACCCCCUCACGGCUCGCCAUCAUCAUCGUCUCCUUUUCGCUCUUGACUUUCUUCUGGACUUUCGGUCUGCCGCAACAAACGCCCCAGCCGACGAUACCCGUUAUCGACCACUACGACCACAAGAAUGUGCAUACCGAGCCGAUAAUACCGCCGCCCGUCAUCGAGACUCCGCACGCGACAUCCACGCCGAUAGCACACGGAGAUCAUCCGAAGGAGACAGAUGAUCACAGAUGGGACGAUAAGGGAGCGCAAGGUGGAAAGGGAAAGACAACACCAUCCGCGCCUACCGAGACAGGCGUUGCGGAGUAUGAAGAAGAUGGCGGAAGAUGGGAGGAUAAAGAAAAGUUGAAGGGUGGUGAUAAGUCGGGGAGCAUGUCAGGCUCAGGCGCAAUGACAGCGCCUACAACACUAGCCACUGAGGCGAUGCCUGCAUCGAAGACUUCGAUUGCGGCUAAGCCAGACGUUGCGCCUACGAAGCCCGCCGAAGCCGCCAUUCCUACACACGCAGUCGAGAAGUUUUGUAACGACGCCGACGGAGCGAAAGACGUCAUGGUCGUCCUCAAGACAUCGAAAGCCGAAAUCGAGAAGCUCAACAGUCACCUCAGCAAUCUGCUAGCCUGCGUUCCCACCUUUGCCAUCUUCAGCGACCAUGCCGGCGAGUUCCAAGGACACAAAGUACACGAUGCGCUCGAUUCCAUAAGCGGCGAGACCAAGUUCAAGCACAAGGAGUUCCAGGAAUACCAGCUCAUGCAUGCUGAUGCGGAGCACAAGCCAGACGUGAAGAAGCUGGAGGAGCUGGAAAAGUGGAAGUUCCUGCCCAUGGUGUACAAGGCGUACCACAUGAACCCCAGCGCCAAGUUCUUUGUCUUCAUUGAAGCCGACACGAGUCUGAGCUGGACGAACCUGUUGCAAUGGCUGAACAGGCUGGACUACCGGAUACCGUACUACAGCGGAGCGCCCUACUACAUCGCGGGCACACAGGUGGCGCAGCGCGGAGCAGGCAUCAUGAUGUCUCAGGGUGCACUGCGACGGUAUUCCAAAUCUUACGAUGAGCUCUACACAACCAAGUGGGAACCGGACAACGGCGAUCAAUGCUGCGGCGACUUGAUGCUAGCGAAGGCGCUUGGCGACGCACACGUGGAAUUCUACGCUUCUUGGCCACUUCUCCAGAGUGAGCAGCCAAGUACACUUGACUACACCAGGAAGCACUGGUGUGCUCCUGCCGUGUCAUGGAAUCACCUUGGCGGUGACCAACUCACGAGGCAGUGGGAUAUUGAGAAGAAGUGGACCACCGCGAAUGGCUGGAAGAAGCCAUAUCUGUACCGCGACGCCUAUCACGAUUCAGUGGAACCGCACAUCGAAACGCGAAAGGUGGGCUGGGACAACCUGAGUCAGGACACGAAGAUCGUUGCACCAGAAGGACGCCGGCAAAAGCUCAAAGACGACGCCGCGAAGAAGGAGAAGGAGAAGGAAGAGCAAGAUGCCGAGAAGAAAGAGAAAGAGAAGGGAGAGCAAGACACUGCCAAAGAAGAGGCGAAGCCGAAAGCAGAAGACGAUAAGAAAGACCCCCCAAAACUCAAACUCGACACCGCCCCACCACCCGACUCCCGCGUCUUCCAAGAAGCCGGCGCCCUCCCCACCUCAAACAGCAUCUCCAAACGCGAAGACAAGAAGGACGACAAAAAAGACGACAAGAAAGGCAAGGAAAUGAAAGAAGACAAGAAAGAACCGCCAAACUGGGACAAGCUCGCCGAGAAACACCCCGAUGCAGCAGAUAGCUCCGAGCGCUGCCAGGCCGUUUGCUCGGAAGUCGAGGACUGCUUGCAGUGGCGGUAUACGGCGAAGGGGGAGGGCGAGUGCCAUCUCAGCAAGGUGAUUCGGUUGGGUGGGAAGGUGGGGGAUGAGGAGUGGACGAGUGGGUGGGAGGUUGAGAGGAUUAAUGGGAUCAAGAAGGAGUGGGCGUGUAAGGAGGUUAAGUGGAGGUUUUAUCAGUGA